AUGGAGCGCCUUUUGAUUACUAUUAGCCCAACUACAAUUCAUCUGCUUUCGCGUAUUUUGGCUAGUCUCUCGUCUCUUGGACCUCGCAAGGCAUGUGAUGAAGUGGCAACUGCUCCUAGCACUGGAGGAUCAACUAGUCUACCUGCUACUAGGUCCGCUAUAUCUGGCACUAGUAAAUCCGUUUCCUUAGGAAAUGUUAACACUAGGGAAGAAAUUGGUUCUUCCAUCUCGCUUGACAAUCCUGAUGAAGCACCUUGUGUGGCCGAGGUUCCGGAUACAUUCUGGAAGCCAGCACCACUGGACAGACUUGAUUUGCCCUUCUUGGAGAGAAUACGUUAG